GAAAAUAUUUUUGAUAGAUUUAUGAAAAAUAAUUUUUGAAUGAAUUAUUCAUAUUCCAGGAAUAGUUUGAAUGCUGAAUUGUAAAAUUGAUAUUCUUUGUUCCGUUGGAGGACAAAUAUUACGAGGCAGUGUUGCAUGCUGUAAAAGGUUUCAUACAUAUAUUUUUCAAACAAUGAAGGAGAUAUAAAGGAUAAAGGCAUAAAGUCUUGUCAGUAUUCCAGGACUUUAUAUGAAAGAAAAUUUGUGGAAUUUUGUGAAAUUUGUGGAAAUAUGUUUAAUUUCUUUGGUGUUGAAAUGAAGCUGGGACGCAACAUGCGGGCAGCACCCAAGGGCAGUUUAGCCUCCAUGUCUGCUUCAGACGCUAACACCCAGCUAGAUGCCUCUGUACCCUUGCUACAUAACCAUACGCUACAUUCUAACCAUAUAGCCGAUUACUUUGCUAACACCCAUUCUGCCCUGCGCCCGCAGACUCAGGGGUCAGGUAUUGCAUCGAGACAGUACCCGUCUCGCUCCAUAACAAGCCCACAGCAUCCCUCACAGGAUCUUAUAGAGACUUUAAACAGAAAUAAUCUGACCAGUUUAACUCAAGAAACUCGCCUUCAAGAUGAGCAGAGGAAAGCAGCAGAACGCCAAGAACGCCUCGAGGCCAGCCUUAAAUUACUUCAGGAGGAAGAGAGACGAAGGACACUUGAACAAGAGAAAGAAAAACCAUUGAUCGAUGUUGAAGAAAAACUUGUAACAGAUUUUGAAACAAAAAAUACACUGCUGGAUAACGCGUUUCCGACGACGCAACCAAAAACAGAAGAAUCGCCAUUUGUUAACGUUACUUCACCGCCACCACCCAUGAAUUUAUAUGGCUCAUAUCGUAUGAGUGAAAACUUUAACGUUGAACAAAAAUCUUCAGAACAGGUUUCAACUCAGCCGUUUUCUCCGCAAGAUUCGAUGCGUUAUAAUCAUGGCGAAGAAACCACUGAAACAACAACAAGUCUCAAGGAAGUUAACUCUGGGUUUACUGCCGCAAAAUCUGUCUCCGUAGAAAAACAGGAAACUGUUGACGAUGUAGAGGAUAUUGAAGAAGAUAUUAGAGUAGAAAGAAAUAGCGAUGAAAGUGAUAAUGAUAAGAUUAAGGAAGAUGAUUUUGACUUUUAGAUUAAAGAUUUUCUAAGAGGAUGGAAACAAUGCAACUUUUGGAUAAUGUAAAUUAAUACAAUUGUGUUUUGAGUGAUUAAGUGAUUGCAAUGCAAAGCAAAGUAAAAAUGGUUUUACACAGUAUCGGACAGAUGAUAAAGCGAUUUGCUCAGAUUCUGGGAUUGUUUUUUUUUUUAUAUUGGAAAAAUAGUAAAUAUGUAUAUCCUAAUCAGAACUUGUUGUACA